AUGUUUAGCGAGGGUACAUCAGGCAGCAUGAGCUCACUGCGAUGGAUAGUGACCAUCUGCUUUAUACUGUCCUCAGUUUCUAGGACAUUUGAAUCUGUGACCAGUGAAAUUCAGAAAUACACUUGCAGGACAUUUGGAAGUGGUGUUGUCCAGCCAUUUAAAGAUUCAGCUUUUUAUGUGUGGUCCAAUUGCCCGUUUACUCUCACCCACUUCAUCCACAACCGAGUUGAAUGUGCCAUCACCAUACGUCGAGGGAACAGCGGGCUGCUGGUCCAAGUGGAGAUCAUCAUAAACAAAGUCAGGACUGUUCUGCAGAAUGGAAGUAUACUGGUGGAGGACAAAAGUGUUUCCUUUCCAUAUGAUCACACCUACCAGCAUAUUUUUCAGUACGGCAUCUACACUAAACUGAGGAGCACGUUGCUGCCUCUCUCAGUCACUUGGCACAGUGUAGCUGGAGGAAUAGACACUCUCAAGGUUGAGCUGGAGCAGGAACUGAGCACUGACAUGACUGGACUGUGUGGAAAAUACAACGUAACAGGCAAUGAGCAUCAGCUGAUCAGAGAGAGCACGCUUACAGAUGACACGUGCCAAACAAGGGAUCCUGUCUCUGUUCCUAAUCCAGUAUGUGAACAAUUCUUCUCCUACACUUUGGGCUGUCUGGAAUCAAGUUGGCUUCAUUACUUCCAGCUGUGUCACAACAACAUUUAUGGAUAUGAAAACAGCGAACACAUCGGCUGUGCUUUCUUUAAAGAGAUUGUUCUGCACUGUGGAAAAAGCAGUAAUGUGUGGGAAACAUGGAGAUCUGUGACCCAGUGUGCUCGACCAACUUGUCCGGGAGCACUGCUUUAUGAAGAAGAGGGUGCUGCAUUUGUUCCUACCUGCUCCAACCCAAACCCCCAUUUUUCCAGCCAGGAUAUCACCAGUUCCUGCGUCUGCCCAGAGGGCAAAGUGCUUAAUGAUCACUUGGAUGGCUUCCACUGUGUGAAUGUGUCAAACUGCACCUGUGUGUUCGCUGGCAGGACCUAUUUAACUGGACAGAAACGUAGCACCAAGUGUCAGUCAUGUUUGUGUGAAGGUGGGAAGUGGCGUUGCUCUGAAAACUGCCCAAUUAAAUGUCAGAUUGAAGGUCAGUUUGUGUCAACAUUUGAUGGCAAACAGUACACUGUCCCUGGUAAAUGUACAUACCUAGCAUUACAGGGCUUCAACUGGACAGUAAUAAUUAAAUUUUCUAAAAAGGAUCCAUCAAUUCAAGCUGUUUUCCUCCAGCAUUUGCAGGAAACGUAUACAUUCACAAACAACAUGGCUAAAGUUGGAGACCAAGAGAUUAGUGAAUUUUAUCAGUCUGAUGGGGCCCAGGUUUUCUGGCAGUCCUCCAUGUACAUUCAAGUCUUGACAUCCUCUGAUAUUAAGCUCCAACUCCAGAUGUCACCUGAAAUCCAACUCUACAUCUCUGUUCCUAGGAAACACAAGGGCAUCAUUUCAGGUCUUUGUGGCAACGGCAACAGUGACAGCACAGACGACUUCACCAGCAGCAGCGGCAUCAUCGAGCUCUCAGCUGAACCUUUUGCUCUGUCCUGGAGUCUGGGCGCUUGCACUGUGAACAUACCCAGCACAUGUAUCAACACUCACAAUGAAAUAUUUGCUGAUGAAAAGUGCUCUGUGCUGAUCAGUGCGACUGCCAUAUUUGCUAAGUGCCAUGUCCAUUUGCCACCGGAUCAAUACUACACAGCCUGUAUUCAAAGAACCUGUAAUUGUGGCAACAAUAUGCAGAGGUGCUUGUGUAUUGCAUUAGCCAGCUACGCCAAAGCUUGUGCGAGUCUUGGGGUUUUAAUCGGUGACUGGAGGAAAGCUGCCAACUGCACUCCGACAUGUCCAAAGAACCAAGAGUUCUUCUUCAACAGCCGAGCUUGUAACAGUACAUGCCGCUCCAUUACUGAGUCUGACCCUCGAUGUGGAGUGGAUGAUGCUUGUGUGGAGGGCUGUGGCUGCCCAGAAGGAACAUACCAAAACCAAGGAAACACCUGCACUCCAAAGGCAGACUGUGAAUGCCACCAUCGUGGUGGUGUAAGUCCACCAGGGCCGGUUGUUAUCGAUGGACAUCAUUGCCUGUGUGAAAAUGGAGAACUGACAUGUUCCACGGAUUGUGGAUGCAGGAAUGGGAAGGUUUGCCUGCACUGCUCAGAGCACCUGAUUCAGACAGCUCAGAAAACAUGUGCGAGUCUCAUCAAACCACUGUUUGCCAUCCUGGCUUGUGUGAGUGGCUGUUACUGCCCACAUGAUCAAUAUGAAGAUCACCAUGGAAACUGUGUAUCAAGGGACAACUGCACCUGUGUGUACAGUGGUAAAGUCUUCAGGGCAGGAGAGACUGUAAAAGCCAACUGUAAAAACUGUGUCUGUGGUCAGGGUCAGUGGGACUGCACAGAUGAGCCGUGUCCUGGGACAUGUCAAGUCUAUGGAAAUGGACAUUAUCAGACCUUUGACUCUAAAAGGUAUCGCUUUAGUGGACACUGCCAGUACACGCUUGUAGAGGAUUACUGUGGAAAUACAAAGGGCACAUUUUCUGUCAGAGUGGAGAGCGUACCCUGCUGUGAAAAGGUGCUCACCUGCUCUCGCUCCAUUGUCCUGGUCCUGCAGGGCAAAGUCACCGUGACUCUGAGUGACAUGAAGGUGACCAAAAACCUACAACAAGACUCUACAAUGCUGGAAAACUCACUUUAUAGUAUCGACACUGUGGGACUUUAUAUCAUAGUGUCAGUGCCGAGCAGCGGGAUCACUCUCAUCUGGGACAAACACACACGGCUCAGCAUAAAGCUGCAUGAAAACUGGAGGAGCAAAGUUUGCGGCCUGUGUGGGAAUUUUGACUCCAAUGAGAUGAACGACCUGCAAAUAAGUGGCUCAGCAGUGGGAUCCAGUCCGAUGGCCUUUGGCAACAGUUGGAAGGCAGCCACUCCUCCUUGUUCUGAUGUAACUGCUGAUAUAUUUCCAUGUGAUCGCAACUCUUACUGCUCAGCCUGGGCCCAGCGGCGCUGUAUGAUUAUUAAGGGAGACACUUUCAAAGACUGUCACAUAAAAGUGAACCCAAAUCCUUACUAUCAGGCUUGCUUACUUGAGUCCUGCUCCUGUGAGUUUGAAGGGAAGUUCCUGGGCUACUGCACAGCUGUGGCAGCUUAUGCAGAGGCCUGCAGUGACCAGGAUGUCUGUGUAAAGUGGAGAACACCUGACCUGUGUCCAAUUUACUGUGACUACUAUAACAAGCCUGGACAGAAUGUGUGGCAUUAUGAAGUCUGUGGUAAAAUGAGAAGUUGCGGCAAAAGAAAUGACCUCACUUACAAGCUUGAAGGCUGUUAUCCUAGAUGUCCAAAUGAAGCGCCAUACUAUGAUCAUAAUACUGGUGAAUGCACUACAGUGAGAAACUGCUCUUGUUAUUUCAAUGCCACCGUUGUUCACCCAGGACAAUUGGUCAUGCUGAACUCUUUUACAUGCCGCUGCAAAAAUGGAGUGAUUAAUUGUCACUUCAAGAAAAAUAAACGCUGGGCUUGCAGUGAAAAAUGGACAGAGGACUGCUACCAUAAGACUUGUGUCAGUGGGAAGAUUGUAUUGACCCCAGUAACUUGUCCAGAGCCUAAAAUUCCCACCUGUCCCAGAGAUCAGAUCACAAAGGUCUCUGAAGGAUGCUGUGAAACAUGGAAGUGUGACUGCCAAUGUGAGCUGUAUGGGGAUCCCCACUACAUCUCUUUCCAAGGAGUAGACUUCGAUUUCCUGAAUCAAGGCACCUCUAUAUUGGUGGAGGAGCAGUCACCACGUCAUAAUCUGACCAUUGUUGUGGACAACUUCUAUUGUGUGCCGGGUCUCUAUGGCUCCUGUGUUAAAGGCAUCAUCCUGAAAUAUCAGAACAAUGUGGCUGCACUAACUAUUGUUCCACAUUUGUUUUCAGUACAAGCCACGCUAAACAACGUGAUCAUACAGCCACCGUACGAAGAGCAUGGUUUCAGGUUUGAAACCACAUGGUACAAGAUGGUUAUUCACCUCCCAGAGAUCCGCUCUUUUGUCUCCCUCACUCCAUUUUACACCCUGGUGGUCAGUCUGGCCAUGGAGCACUUCCUCCAAAACACCCAGGGGCAAUGUGGUGUGUGUGGUGGAGCAUCGUGUAUUCGUAAAGGAGGGCAGAUUGAGGAGGACAGCUGCUGUGAUAAGACGAGCUAUGACUGGGUGUAUCUGGAUCCUCUGAAGCCAGCAGAUGUUUUUGCACCAAGGGACGUCCCCUGUCAUUCUGAGCAGACUUUCGUACCCACUAACAGACCACCCACCUGCAUUCCGAGCCCACUAUACUGCAAAGGACCAAGAGGAGAGCCUAAACUACCCGGUGAGGUGUGGGUGUCCAACUGCAACCUGUGUACAUGUAAUAACCAGACUCGGACUGAGGAGUGUUUUCCAAAGCCUCCUAAGCCAGUUCCUCUGUGCGGCCCCAGCGAAGUUUUGGUAACCACCUCGUGCUGUGGUGAUCAGAUGUGUGUUGAGAAGACGUGCACUUAUCAUGACCAGACAUACAAGGUGGGGGACACAUGGACAGAUGCUGCUCAUCCCUGCAUGUCAUUCAGUUGCAGCAAGGAGGGUGUUCUGAUUGAGACUAAAGUCUGUCUGGAUGAAAGCUGCCCUGAGGCAACCAAACAUGCAUUCCCAGGGUCUCCAGUGUCAACAUCACCAUUGAUAACUGUACCACAGUCAUACAGAUACCUGUCUGUCAGGGACAGUGUACGUCUCAGCCAAGAGUUGUGUUACAGGGUGACCUGCUAG